GGAGAAACAAUCGUGGAGAGAAACACAGAGUGAGAGAAACGAAGAGGUUGCGGUAACAAUGAGCUCCACGGGAGGCGAGAUGCGCGCAUAGAGCAGCGGCGCAGCAGCGUUGGGGGCGGGAGGCGGGAAUCCGCCAGCAUACACAAGAGACGUGAAGCCACAGCAAGCCUCAAGUCCGCAGAAGAAGACCGACACCAGCGACGCGCUAUGGAAGAUCUGUGCGAGAUGGACUGUACGGUGCUCAAGCGGCUCCUGAAGAAGGACGGCGCCCGGUGCUUGGUGCUCGACUGCCGCUCAUUCCUCGCCUUCAGCGCGGGACACAUCCGAGGGGCCGUCAACGCCCGCUGCAACACGAUCGUCCGCCGCAGGGCCAAGGGAUCUGUGCUCAGCCUGGAUCAGCUCCUAGCCGGCGAUGAUGAAGUCCGGGCCCACUUCCGCUGCGGGAUGUACUCUGCCGUCGUGCUGUACGACGAGAGGACGCCGGACACGGACACGGUGAAGGAGGACAGCACGCUGAGCCUCGUGCUCCACGCGCUGUGCAGGGACUCAACCUCCACUAACAUCUACUUUCUUAAAGGUGGCUAUGACAAGUUUUUCGCCGAGUACCCCGAGUUUUGUUUGAAGACCAAAUCCUUGCCCCCGCUCACGAGCCAGUCCAGUGUGGAAUCGUCAUGCUCUUCCUGUGGAACGCCGCACCACGACCAGGGCGGACCUGUUGAGAUCCUCCCAUUCCUCUACCUGGGCAGUGCCCUUCACGCCUCCAAAAAGGAAGUCCUGGAUGGCAUUGGAAUCUCGGCGCUGCUCAACGUGUCGUCUGACUGUCCCAACCACUUCGAGAACGCGUACCAGUACAAAUGUAUUCCUGUGGAAGACAACCACAAAGAAGACAUCAGCUGCUGGUUUCUGGAGGCCAUCGAGUUCAUCGACUCGGUGCGUGACUCCAGCGGCAGGGUUCUGGUCCACUGCCAGGCGGGCAUCUCUCGCUCGGCCACCAUCUGCCUGGCCUACCUGAUGAAGAGGAAGCGCGUGCGUCUAGAGGAAGCCUUCGAGUUUGUGCGUCGGCGCCGCAGCAUCAUCUCGCCCAACUUCAGCUUCAUGGGCCAGCUGCUACAGUUUGAGUCGCAGCUGCUGGCCACCUCGUGCGCCGCGGAGGCCGCCGCCACAGCCAGCCCUUUGCUAGGACCCAAGUCAUCCGCGGGCACCGCUUCGGCGACGCCGACGCCCACCUCGCCGUUCAUCUUCAACUUCCCGGUGUCGGUGGUGAACACUGCCUACCUGCACCACAACCCCAUCACCACGUCACCCGGCUGCUGAUAGCUGAGCACAGACGCACUAUGUACUUCCAGGGCUGAGGGGUCAGAGGUCACGACCUAAACCCUUACAAAACAGCUCCUCCUUCCAGUGACUGACCAAAAAUAGACUUUAAAGGAGUUUGUGUGUGUGUGUGUGCUGGACUUGAGGCAGCACGACACACUCAUGACUAACAAGUGAAUAAGCUCAGUAUGAAGACAGGCUCUGUUGCCAUGGAGACCACCGGUCUUGAAGGAGAAGAGAUGGACGCAGGAAGGAAGCAGGAAUUUUAAGCACCCGCUCCUUCCUCCUUUGGCGCUCCUCCUGCUGCCACACAAAGGAGACGGAUGGUGUGUGUGUGUGUGUUAUGGUGGGGGAGGGUGCCAUAUAAAGCAGGGGCCUCCUCAGUGACAGGUGCUCUGCUGCCUGGAGUUUCCUGUCUGUCCUCUUCCGCUCUCUCUCUAUCUCUCUCUCCUCUGUCUCUCGCACAUAAAAACAAACAGACCUUCCUCUCAUCUUGCCCUUUAAUGUUCCUCCUCUUCAUCUCAUCACUGCUUCUCAUCUCCGCCGCCUCUUCCUCCUCCACAUCCUCCUCUUCCUCUCAGAUCUUCAUCUCCCUCUCUCCACUGACCAGGCAGCACAAAUCAAACGAGGUGGAGAAAAGGAAAUCCAGUCUUUCUUUGACGGCCACAUCAUGCAUUUUGUUCACCCUUUAUUCUGCUUCAUCACUCUCAUGUUUGAAUACAACAAUUAACAUGCAGAGUAAAUAUUUAUUUUACCAUUUAGGAAUUACAGCAAAUUAUCUCUUCCUUUUCCUUGGACCAUUGACAUGUGUGCAAAUCAUCAACAUAAAUAUAGCAUUCUGGACAAACUCAGCGUGUUGCUUUUUUAAAACAUUACUAAAUGCAAACAUGCAACUGCUGGCUUGAUGUUCCCUUGAAUGCAUUCCUAUUAUUUUUCUGUAUGGAAGGUCUGUCAUGCACACACACACACACACACACACACACACACACACACACACACACACACACACACACACACACACACACACACACACACACACACACACACACACACACACACACACACACAC